CAAAAACAACGGAUAUCCAUUCCCGCCCUUAUACCCAAGCUAAAUCAACCUCCUCCUUCCUCCACCACACACGGCGGCGCGUGCGCUCCACCCGCAAUGACUCCCAUCCUCUCCACCCUCCAAAACUGGCUCGUCUACCACCCAACCAUCCUCCACUUCAAGUGGGUCCCACGCCAGACCCUCGGCUCGACCCCACUCUUCGUCUUCCUCACUGUCUUCUCCUAUCUCUCCCUCACCUUCCUCCUCUCCCGCUCCACUCUCUCUCCUCUCAUCCCAAAACUCCUCAAACCAAUCACAGCCGUCCACAGCCUCCUCCUCUUCUCUCUCUCCCUAAUCAUGGCCGUCGGAUGCUCUCUCUCCAUCCUCUCCGUCUCCAACCUCCACCGCAUUAUCUGCUUCCCUAAAGGAAUGCAACCCAGUGGGCCCCUCUUCUUCUGGGCCCACGUCUUCUACCUCUCCAAGCUCCUCGAGUUCGGCGACACGGCUCUCAUCAUCCUCGGCGGUUCCAUCCGACGGCUCUCCUUCCUCCACGUGUACCACCACGCCACGGUCGUUAUCAUGUGCUAUCUAUGGCUCCGUACGGCUCAGUCGCUGUUCCCGGUGGCGCUCGUGACCAACGCGACGGUGCACGUGAUCAUGUACGGAUACUACUUCCUCUGCGCGAUGGGGAUCCGGCCCAAGUGGAAGCGGGCCGUCACGGACUGCCAGAUCGUGCAGUUCGUGUUCAGCUUUGCGGUUUCGGGCCGGAUGCUGUACUUGCAUUUUAGUGGGCCGGGUUGCUCCGGGAUAUGGGGUUGGUGCUUCAAUGCGGCUUUCAACGCCUCGCUUUUGGCACUUUUUGUUGAUUUUCAUGCCAAGAGUUACCAGAAUAGGAAGAGGAUGGGGAGUGUGGGCCAGGGUCACCAAGAGAAAGUUAAAAGCUCCUAGUCUUUUUGGUUCAAUCUGUGGUUCUUAUUGGUUGCCUUGUUUGAGCUUCAAUAUUACACUCUUUUUCUUUUUUUUUAGAAUCUUUCCCUUUUUUUGUUGUUGUGUCAAUUCACUUUUAAGAACGUUUUUCCUAUUUUAGUGUGCCAAACUUUGUUAAA